CGAUCUGUCACUUUAUGUUUGUCCGUCGGGAAGGUGUGUGGACGGUUGUUAGUUCCCCAAUUUUUAAUUUACGUAAAAAUUUAAUAGUAUUUAAUUCCAACAUUUUAAUAUGAAAAUUUGGACAAGUGAACACACAUUCAACCAUCCUUGGGAAACAGUCGCCACAGCAGCUUGGAGAAAAUACCCGAAUCCCCAUAACCCUGCAGUAAUAGGCACCGAUGUUGUGGAAAGGAGGGUCGUUGGCGGCGUUUUGCAUACACACAGACUCGUUAGUUCAAUUUGGUAUUUUCCAAAAUGGGCCCAAGCAUUGAUAGGAUCUGCUAAAAUUUGUUAUGCCAGUGAACAGUCUGAAGUGAAUCCAAUAUCACGUCACAUGGUCUUGAAGACAAUAAAUCUGACCUUCUGUCGACACAUAGCAGUGGACGAAACAUUAAAGUAUGUACCUCAUCCCACUGAUCCAAGUAAAACUCUUCUUAAACAAGAAGCUGUAGUUACAGUAAAAGGUGUACCUCUUACAAAUUAUAUGGAAGAUAUGUUAACUAACUCAAUAUCCAAUAAUGCGGGAAAAGGUCGUCAAGCCAUGGAGUGGGUUAUUACUAAAAUUAAUGAUGAAGUUAAGGAUUUGACACGGAGUACGGACGAAAUAUUUAGUCACACAAAGAAAUCUUUGGAUGAUAUUGCAUCUAGUGCAAAGAAAUCAAUGGAUGACAUUUCUCAGAAAGCAAAAAAGAGCCUUGAUGAUAUACAUCGCCUCAGUCUUAGCUAAUUACAACUAGCGCAAUUAUUGUGUAUUAUAAUUUUGUUCCUGCACUAAAACCACAAAAUGUUUAUUCAUUUUUCACACAUUAAGUUGUAUAACAUAUGAAACAUGCAAUCACUUAUAUAGGUGUAAUUUCAUUCAUUGAUAUUUGCUCUCUUCAAAUAUAUUUAUUAAUUUACAUGUGCCAUUCCAUAUCUAAAUAUAUCAGUCUUGGCAUCAAAGUAGCAUUUUAGAGCAGGAUGAAACACUCGAAGAUUUUAUUUUAAUUGAGAUGAGUAUUAGCAUUUAUCACUUCUGACUUAAUAAAUUGUGUGUAUUUGAGUUUCUCAAACCCAGGCUGGUCCUGUACAAGAAUGUGAUUAUUAUAAUUAUGUACAUAAUUCUAAAUAAUUAUUUAUUGAACAUUCCUUCUUAUGAAUGUUUUAGAUUAACUUUUAAGUAAUUGUUAAUAAAAAAACGUUUGCAAUA